CGCGUUGCGACCCAUCUUCUCCAAGGGAUUGGUACAAAAUGAGUUUUAUUGCAAUUUGCGACGCAUCCGUCAGACCGAUUUUCUCGUUUUAACAUUUUUAAGUUUUUAACCCAUUCACCACGCCAACAAUGCUCCGUUCACCCUCCCCCAACGGCGCACCGUUCACCGCCGGCGGCGGCCCUGAGCUCUCAUCAAACGACUUCAACCUCUCCGCACUGGAGAACUCUAACCGCUGGCCACCGGUGGCUGAAGGACCACUGCCGAGCUCCGAACAACCACCGGCCGACUCCGACGUCCUUCAUGUCUCUCGGCCGCCGCUGAAUCCUUGGAGCAAAAUAUUCCUGCCGCCUCCUCCCGUCGCAGCACAAACCCUAGCCGCGGCUGAGCGAAGUGAAAUCAGCAGGAGGCUUCUCUGGAGUAUCACGGCUUCACUCGCUUUCCUUGCUCUGGUCGGUGUUCAGCUCGCGCGGAAUGCUCCCCAUGGAGAAAUUAACCCGUUGAAGCUUCUGAAAGUGGUUACAAGUACCUCAUCAUACAUCUUUAUCCUACUCCUGCUGCCGUUCACACACCAGAUUCGAAAAAUCGAGCUCGGAGUGUUUGUCGGUAUCGUGCUCAACUCGCUGGUUUUCUCUGUGCCGAUUGGGUUGGCCCUCUACUCGGAGGAUGGCUGGGAACUUAUCAUGGUCAAUCUCAUUUUCCUCCACAUUAUGGCUUUGGUUAAUUCAGCUGUGGUCUCUAUCAAACAUUUCGACGUGGCUAAUAUCAUUCUCACAGUUGUCCUGAACCCAUUGCUAUUUGUCGCCGACAAGCAUGAAAAGUUCGGGUUGGCCUUCCGGUUGAUAUAUAUGUAUUACUUCACUUAUUCAAAGGCAUGGAUCAAGUUUCUUCGGCAUUUUGUGGCCAAAAUGAAGGUGCCUGAGUUUCCUGAGGUUGUGUGGCGGGUCAGGGAUGUGUUGGCUGAUGUCUCGGGGGACUACUUGCGUAAGGGGACUUCAUGUAUUUACGAGCCAUUGCUGAGGUCCUGCGUAUCAAAAAUCAGUAGCUUGACACAAGAAAAGGGUUCGGGAGGUCAGGGCCCGAGCAAGCAGCUGGCUGAACAGACAUUUGUCGGUCCAAGAAGUGAUGCUGUUUAAACUGUUGAGGUCUCACGAGAGUUUUCGGUUUGGGAUUCUCUCUGGUUUAUAGUUGCUUUUGUUAUUCCCAGUAGAAUGUAUGAACUUACUUGACUUGUGAACUCUAGGGUUUGCUUUCUGCACUUGUUAAUUUUUCUGUAUAAAGUAGGAACUUGACUGGCGAUUUCUCGGAUUUGCUCCGGUUUGCACUUCAUGUUUUCAGUACAAUGUUGCGACUUUAACUGCUAAUUUCUAGGAUUUUCUCUGUUCAUAUUUAGCUUGUUAUUUUCCGGUACAAUUAGGAACUUGGCUGGUGAUGUUUGCUAAGUGUUUGUUUCAGUGUGCUGCUUCUUUGUGUUUGUUUAUGCAUU